UCGAGACUUCGGCGGCAUCAAGAAGCCUUUUUUUUCCUUCGUCCAGAGUGCCGCGAUAUCAUGGCGACCAAAAGUCACAUCGUCGUCCUCGGUGCCGGAGUAACUGGAUUGACCAGCGCCGUGACCCUGGCCGAGGCAGGCUACGUGGUGACCGUCAUCGCGGCCCAUGUACCCGGGGACAUGAGUAUCGAAUAUACUUCGCCUUGACAGGGCAGGAGCACACUGGCGAACACAUGCCACGGUCAACGAACCAGUUCAAUGCGAUUGGGACGUCCAGACUCUUGAAGCAUGGACGAAGCUCCUGAGCCAGGAACGAUUGGCGAAUGGAGGGCGAGAUGUCGACUCGCCAACUGGGUUGAAGAUGGUGGACUCCCUCGAGUUCUGGGAUCAGAAGAAAGUCACCGAGGAGCUCUGGUGGGCACCUUACGUCCAAGACUUCAAGCAAAUAUCUAUUCUCCACGAGCCAAUUCGCUCCAUCAACCUGCGAACCCCAGCCGACGGCCCUAAGAUCAAGCACGGAGCCGCCUGUCGAGCCUUCUCCAUCAACGUUCCGAAGUAUCUGCUCUACCUGCAAGAACGCGCUCGAGCAGCUGGCGCCGUGAUCUUCCAGAGUCCACUUCCGACGGACGGCGGCUUCGGCAAAGCCCUGGCGUAUGCGGAGGGAAUCAGCAACGCCAUCAACCGUGGUAAAGUCGAUGUGUUUGUCAACGCGACCGGUCUUGGGGCGAUCAAGCUCUGCGGCGAUACGAGCAUGUUUCCGAUUCGUGGCCAAACGGUGCUCGUCAAAGGCGAAGCCGACGCCACGCGGACGUGGUUUCACGAAGGCGAACUGGGGACAGGCUUGACUUCGUAUUGCAUUGUCAGGCCGGGUAGUGGCAUGACGAUUCUGGGCGGGUCGAAGGAGAAGGGUAACUGGAGUAAGGAGCCAGAUGAGAAGGUCACGGAGAGGAUCUUACAGAGAUGUGCGUGGAUGGUUCCGGAGCUUCUGACGGGUGAGGACGGAGGGUUUGAGGUCAUCAGCGUGCAGUGUGGACUGCGACCAGGGAGGGAAGGGGGACCGAGGGUGGAGAGGGAGGUAGUCGGCGGGAGAAAGGUCGUGCAUGCUUAUGGUCAUGCUGGAGGUGGGUACCAGAACAGUGUUGGAAGCGCGAAUGAUGUGCUGAAGCUGGUGAGGGAGAGCGUUGGUGCUGCUGCUGAAAUGAGUUCGAAGCUGUAG